AUGAGUAAGGCUUCAUUAGAGAAUGAGCAAACAGUGAAGUAUCACUUCUAUAACACACCAUGUAUAUUAAUAGCUGUUGCGGGAGGGACUGCUUCUGGUAAAACAACGUUUUGUACACAAGUCUCCAAAACCCUUGAAGGCGAGAAAUUUGUAGUAGUUUCCCAAGAUUCGUUCUAUCGCCCAUUGACUAAAGAAGAACAUGACAAUGUCGCAGAAUACAAUUUUGACUCUCCCGAUGCAUUUGAUUGGCAAUUGAUAGUCGACACAUUGAAAAACAUUAAAGCGAAGAAACCGGUGUCAUUACCAAUUUAUGACUAUGUGACGCACUCAAGAAAACCAGAAUGGGUUCCUGUCGAAGUUGGUGAUGUUGUUAUGUUCGAAGGACUAUACACCUUUUUCCAAAUGAAAGGGUUUGAGGAAUACGUCAAACUGUUCGACUUGAAGAUCUUCAUCGAGUCUGACGACGACACCAGACUCGGAAGAAGAAUUUUAAGAGACAUGAAGUUCCGAGGAAGAACACUCGACUCAAUUCUUUUUCAAUACAAAAAGUUUGUCAAACCCGCUUAUGAGGAAUGGGUGUAUCCUCAACGUAUUAGAGCUGACGUCAUCGUCCCUUGGUGUGAAAUAGACCAGAAAAAGAAAACCAACUUCUGUGAGAUGCCUGCUCUUAAAAUGGUGUCUCAAUACAUCAGAAUGUUUUUUACACACAUCCCUUUCCAAAAGGUACUUUCAAAAGGUAACAUUGAAAUCUCUGCUGACUUAGACUGUUAUAAGGCAAGUCUUUCCGACCAAGAAAAGUGA